AAGAUAAAAAGUCACUUCUUUAUUUUAUCAGUUAUUUCACCAUUAUUUCUCAAGUAUAUUUCUCAACCGACAAAUGUUUUUUUUUCUAAGUUGUUUUUCCAUUUAAAAACAGCUUUUUAAGUCCUGUCAGAUAAAGUUGUAUUUGCUCCUGAGGUUACAGAGUCCCAACCAUGAGUCUGUCUAAUGUGUUCAUUUUGAUGAUCGUCAUUCCUCAAAUUCUUGUUCAGUCGGUGAGAGGAAAGGACUGUGUGUGCGAUCUAAAAAACACUGAUCCAGCUUUCCCUAAAAGCAAAUUUAAGAGAGUAGAGACCAUCGCCUUACAAUGCACUGCGACAAUCACUUCAGAAAAGAUGUUAGAGAAUGACAGACGACUUCUGGGUCUACAACAGCGUAUCAAGCAGCUAGAGGACUAUGUGGGCAUACUGGAAAAAGAGGAUGAUAAAAAUUUAUACGGGGCCGUGUCUCUCCGGAUCAUUGAGCUGGAGUAUGCCGAGAUUCGAAAUCUCCUGGACAAAUUUAACAAAACCACCUUCAACUCUCAGCAUCUCAAUGUACAGACUGUAGCAGACCUUCAGGACAUGAAGGACACGAUGGCAGAGCUGGAGAGUUUUGACAGCAUGCAGGUGAUGAAGAAAGAACGUCAGAACCGCAGUUUGAAAAAGGACCUUGAGAAGUGCAAAGAAGACAAAGCUCCACCACCAGCCCCAACACUUCCCCCGGUUAAGGGUCGAUGUGGUCUGGGUCAGAUUGUCAGUGUGAAGGGACCUAAAACUUAUUCCCUCACGGUAUAUUCAACCUCUUACACCUAUGGCGCUUGGGGCAAGGAUGCGAACCCUGCUCCAGGAGAUGAGAAUAAAUACUGGCUGAUGGUGCUGUAUACUAGUAAUAUGUAUGGCAACUUUAUCCGCCAGUACAAUAGCUUGAGCACUAUGUUAUUAGGCAUUGGACAUACCGAUGUAUAUAUUGCAAGCUCUAACCCCACAACUAACACAGUUCAGGGGCCAAACAUGGUGAUGUAUGGAAAUGCGCUCUAUUAUAACUGUUAUUACUCAUAUUCCGUCUGUCGGUUUAAUAUGACGGCUCGCACGGUUAGUAACGUGGCACUGCCAAAAGAUACAGGUUACGAGAACAAGUUUCCGUUCGGACAUCUCGGAGCAGAAUACAGCUAUACAGAUUUGGAUUUUGUCACAGAUGAAUUUGGCGUGUACGUUAUAUAUGCAACGACAAGCAAUUUCGGGAAUAUAGUCAUCAGUAAAGUUGAGACCAGCACUCCGCCCGUUCUGGGCCAAACUUGGUCAACUUCACUGUUCAAAAAAACUAUCACAAAUACUUUCAUGGUGUGCGGUGUGCUGUACGCCACCAGGUUUAUAGACAAUGACAAAGAGGAGAUCUUUUAUUCAUUUGACACCAAAACCAACACAGAGCGCUACGAUUUGAAAAUUUAUAUCAAAAAGAUGCAAGCCAAUAUUAAGUAUCUCAACUACGACCCCAGAGAUCAUUUGCUGUACAUGUACAGUGAUGCCUACAUUCUAACAUAUGAGAUCGUGUUUAACUAAUUUAAACUGGAUUAUGGCUACAUCCCACUUAUACAACCUUAUACGCUUUGGAAAGAGCAGAUGUUUUUUUUGUGCUUUUAAGCUACUAAUACUCUGGAAAAUUGAAAGGAAUUAUCUACCCAAAAAUGAAAAUUGUCAUAAUUUACUUACUCUCAUGCCACCCCAAAUAGAUUUAACUUCCUUUCAGGGAUAGCAUGAGGGUAAAUAAAUUAAGAGACCAUUUUCAUUUUGGGGCAUAGCCCCAUUUUGGGUGAUUUAUCCAUUUAAGGCAGAUUUUUACCCAAAAAGUAAAAUAUAAUUUUAGGAUAAAUUAUUUAGCUUGACGCUAACACAGUAUGAAAUUGUAUCCCAAUACUAGCAGUAUACUUUUUUACUACAUAUCCAAAAGUAUGUACUUUACCAUCCACAGAAUGUACAUUUGGCUUUGAGUAGAAAUAUGUGAUUGGUAUGCAGCCUUAUAAUUUUGAAGUUUUUACUUUUGUCUUUUUAAUGCUUAGCUUUGUUUUGUAAGCUUAAGCAAUCCACUGAUGGAAUGGGAAUUUUGUGCCUUGAAAUAAAUCACAGCAUGUCUAGUGUUGGUAUAUCACUGCUGGCAAAUACAUUACAUGCAGAUAGCGUUGCAAAGGGGUGGACAAUUUCCAUGGGAAAAAACUUAUUCUCUGGAAUUUUAGAAAUAUUCAAAUUUUGAAACUUAACGGGAAUUUAUGGAAUAUACGGACAUUUGUGGGAAUUUAUGGGAAUUAUUAGGAAAUUUAUAUAAACUAUAUCAUAUGCAAUCAUAAAUAAAUAUUUAGUUUGGUCAUAACCAGACAUGCAUGCAAGAUAAUACCAAUUUUUAAAAUGACGUCUUGACUGAUUAGUGCUGACUGAGCUUUAUGUAUCACCUUGAGGCAAUUAAUUUAGGCUAUCGUGGUGCUUCACACAGUAAUAUACACAUACAACUUUUAAUGCAUCAGAAGAUACUAUAGAAUAGUAUCUAAUAUAUAGUAUAUCCUCUAUAAAAUCAGCUAUGUCUGGUUUUUGUUCUCAAGGGUUUUUUACCCUCCUAGGAUUUUUUCUCAUCCUGAUUAAAAAAGCCAGGAGGGUUUUUCUCCUAGUAGGUUUUCUCAACCCCUGGGGAGUCAGCCGACAUUGGCCUAACUUAGCACCCUCCUCUAUACGUUACAUUAUUACUACGCUUGCUCAUACAGUUUAAUCUUUGCCACUGUUUUCUGCUGCUUAUGUUUUUUUCCUGCAUCUAUUAAUAUAAAGCUGCUUUGAAACAUUUGAAACAAUUGUGAAAAGCGCUAUAUAAGCGCUAUGAAAUUAUAAGAAUUUGUCUUGAAUCAAGUUAUUUCCUAAACAAAACAGUCAGUGGCUUCAGAUUUAUAGCCAAAAUUAAUGUCUGUAGGGAGAAGGAUUUGUACAAUAUUUGCUUUGAAUGCCCCCUACAGGUUAGAUUAAACCAUUCAAAUAUGAGCUGUAUUGACAAGAUGGACAAAACACAAAACUUUAAGGGUAUUUAUUGGACAAAAUAAUUUGGCAAAAAGGCAAACCACAGCAUAUUAGGGAAUCUGUGUUUUAUAGACGGUUUCAUCGGACUCACGUGAUACACGUCUGGAUCCGAACCUUACUUCCGGUUUCGUUUUUUUUAAUUGUCUGAGUAGUUGCUAAACUGAUCUCUUAAACAAAUGCCUCGUCGAAAAUAAUAAAUGUUUUGGUUUCCUAGGUUAAUCUACGUGUUGUUGUUUUGCUUGUUAUAUAAAUAAACUACGUUUAAAGAACUGUGUUGUUAUUUAUUCUUAGCGGAGUUUACCGGAAGUUACGUGCGGACUGCGACAGCCGCGUGUUUACGUUGUUACUGCUGAAACGGUCUAUAUGAAUAUACAAAAAAAUGUCAUAUUAUUGUAA